AUGCAGUUGGGAAAAGCUAUCAUUCUGCUGCUGGCUGUCAUCCAGCAAAGCUGCCUGGCCAUGUACAUCAAGAACGUGGAGAAGAAUCCUGCUAAGACUGCCUCCAAGGACGAUUGGGGAGUCUUCAAGAACACACUCGGACUAAGCCAAGAAAAAGUUGAACUCCUGAAGUCGCAAAAGGAUCAACAGGGCACCAAGGAGCUGCUCAAUCGCUUUAUUCUGGAGAACCCAAAAGCUCUGCCCAAGGCCAAAAAACAACCCGAUCAGUUCCUCGGGCUCUACAGAUCUAUUCUCAAAAAACUCACCGCCUCCAAGCGGAUGCUAAAGACCUCUCUCAACUUCGAGCUGGCUGAUAGGCCCCAAAAGGAACUCAAAAGGCCGCGCCGCAAGAUCGCCGUGAAGAUGGUCUCCGAUAUGCCAUCGUGGAAGAUCGAGAGCCUGCUGAACUCGUUCUAUCUGAAGCACGGCAUUGCCAGGAACGCCGAGGAGCACGAUUAUCCCGAUUUGGAUAUGGCCCGGGAUACCGAUUACGACUCUGAUAAUUUCUACGACGACGUGGGCGACGUGGGACUGACGGCCAAGACGAGGCAGAAUUCUGAGUACGGAUCCUUCCAGGAUCUGAUAAUGCAGGCCAAGAUGAACGAGUGGGAGCGAGAGAACGAAGAAACCAAAUUGCGCGGCCCAGACAACGAUGAUUAUAUUUAA